AUGCAUGGCGCCACCAUCGAGUCCUCCCUACCUAGGUAACAUUGCUCUCUCCUACGACCCUCACCGCUGUCGUCAGCCUGUGGUAUAUCAUCCUUGUCUGGGAUUCGUAUUGAGUUACUUUUAGCCGCAGUCCAGACAGACCUUACAUCUGAUUCACACCCUACCCUCGAAACCAACUUCGACCUUGUACGUUUGUUCUCUGUUGGCUCCAUUUAGCCGCCCGGACAGUCUUUGGACUUUACCAAUACAUCAUUUGGUGGCCAAACUCCCCCGGAAGACGCUCAAGCGCCAAACCUCCCACGCCACGCAAGGAAGUCUCGUCGAAACUGCCUGGACCACCAGCAGACUCUUUGUCGGAGUCGUGUACGCCAUGACAUUUCGGUAAUCAGGUCUUUCUAUUGCCAUGGCGGCAUAUGACACUUCUUCCUCCUUCCCUGGCCAUUCUACCACCACAACCACCACCAGUCGAGGAGGAUGGGCUGACCCCAGAGGGAAUGGCAUCACUCCUUCGCCCUCCUCCACACCAGGCUCUAGCUCCUCAGAAAGAGUGUAUCCACACAUCAAAGACAUCGUUCGAGAUGCGACCACAAGAUCAUCCUCCGAUGAUUCGCUAAUUAAGUACCUAUCUGAGGUAGAGAACUGCAUCGUAACUGCCAGAACUUCCGCCGACUUUCGACGCCCUGAUCUUGCCUACAAGAAUUACCUGCGCGCUUAUGAGAUUGCCGUCAACUACAUUCCGAAACACCGAGACUAUGGUUUCAUGUCAGACAAUAACAGGAACUGGGCCCAAAAGUAUAGGGUUGCUAGACACCAGUUGAACGACCUGGAUGCGCAGAUGCUUCAAGUCAAGGCCGCUAUCGAGUCCAACAAUGUCCUUCACGGAACACAACCGCAAGGCCAACAACCACUUCAGAGGAAGCCUGUCUACGCUUCCUCCUUUGGUGUUCCCGAUGUUUCCGCUGCAACGAAAAAUGGGCAGCCUCCUCCCACUGCCCCUCAUGCUGAUCAAAAUCCAUUGUCGCGGACUUCAUCCGACUUGCCUCCGGCGCUGAGAAUCGAACGUGCGCGCCCCUCGAGCAAACCCAAGCCAGAAUCACUGCAAGGCCGACCCAUUGGCGAUGCCACUAGUGACUUGAGCCAGCGUUUUGCACGACUUAGAUCUUCUGGACACGGUCAUGACCAUGCAGGAUCUUUGUCAAUGCCAGACCCCAGUGAUUUCCAAUCAAGCACGACUACUAAUCCAAGGCCUCAAUCAUACCACCCUCAAUCGCGUAAUCUGUACAGCAGCCCCCCGAGUCAACGAGUUAAUGGGCCACGAGACAUGCCUACGACGCCAGAAGGCCCAUCAGUUCCACCAAAAGUACCCCUCGCCACUUCAAUGGCUAUGCCCAAACCUCCAAGUCCUACAUACAGUCCGAUAAGCACGACCGCGGGAGCAUUUCAUACAAACAGUACCAGACUCUCCGCAGAAGGCGGUCGACCUCCUACCGAGAGGAAAAAUACAUAUUACAAUCAGUCAGCAACUUCAUCCACAACAUCAAUCCAUCUUCAGAAAACCCGUGACGAUAUUCUAUCCCCUUAUCGACCUACCACCCCCAACGGCGUCAACUCAGCCAUCGUCACAAAGAGCAGUUCCAGCGAAAUUCCCCACCGGACAUCAGUUGACGCUCCAACUCUGCACGAUUACAUGAAACGAUAUAAUGUAUUGCUCGUCGAUGUUAGAGAGCGUCUCAUGUUCGACGAUGGUCAUAUCAUGUCCAGUUCUGUGAUAUGUAUCGAGCCCAUCUCGCUCAAAGAGGGUGUCUCCGCUGAAGAGCUGGAGGAAAGAUUGGUUUUGGCUCCUGAUACAGAGCAGGCUCUGUUCUCUCGACGAAACGAGUUCGACAUCAUCAUUUAUUACGAUCAAGAUACCACUGAUGUGUCAUACCUGAAAGGCCCGCCGACCAUGACGAAAGCACCUGCCUUGCGAGCUCUUUACGAUACCCUGUACGAAUUCAAUGACACAAAGCCACUGAAAGAUGGCCGCCCCCCUGCCCUGUUGUCAGGUGGAAUCGAUGCCUGGGCCGAUUACAUGGGCGCUCAGUCGCUUGCACGAUCCAGAACUGCAGCUAUGUUAGGUACCACCCAGCAACGACGAGCCUUGGGACCAGGUCGGCCGGUUGCUCGACAAAGGCUGGUCAGCGCCAAUACACGAUAUGACGUCCGGAAUAGACGACUUCGAGACCAUAAGUUCCUAGACGAGAGUGAACAAGAGGCGUGGCGGAAAAAGGCCAUGCAAGAAGAAGUUGCCCCCACAGGCAAGCAUGAAACAGGGAGCGACGAGGAGUCUCAAGCGGCAGAUGAAGAGCCUCCUCCGCCAUCGCCAUUUGUACAGGACUACGAGACCUUUCUGCGCCGUUUCCCAUCUAUCCACCAGCAGCAAUCCAUGACAAUGCCUGCACGAAGACCACUUCCAUCCCAUCCAGCAGCAUAUCUACCUUCAGCUGCUCCUGCCUUUCCACCAGUCCCUGCACGACCCCCGCCUGCCAUUCCUCGACCAAGUUAUUCCGGACAAUCAGAUAUCAACGCUCCUCAGCCAGCUCUCGCCCGUGUUACCUCGGCUUCCCGACCUCCACUUUACUCGUCCGCUACGUUUUUGCGUAGCAAGAAGCUGCCUCGCACGGGAUUGACCAAUUUUGGGGUGACAUGUUACAUGAAUUCAACCCUGCAGUGUCUUUCUGCCACGACUCCAUUGUCUCAGUUCUUUUUUGACCGAGCAUAUGAAGGGUACGUACAGCAGAAUUGGAAGGGGAGUAACGGCAUCAUGCCCAAGAUCUAUGCAAAUGUGGUUCAGUCGGUAUGGAACGAUGAUGUUGAUGUAAUCAAGCCUUCUACAUUCCGCAAUUUCUGCGGGCGGAUGAAUCGCGAGUGGGCCAUAGACCGACAGCAAGAUGCCAAAGAAUUCUUCGAUUUCCUUGUGGACUGUCUCCAUGAAGAUCUGAAUGUUCAUUGGGAAAAUACCCCUCUUCGGCCGCUGACCACGGCCGAGGAAAUGCAAAGGGAACGAAUGGACAUUGCACGAGCCAGCCCUAUCGAAUGGAAGCGAUAUGAGCAUCGAGACUACAGCUAUAUGUCGUCAUUGUUCGCAGGACAGCAUGCGUCGAGACUGAGGUGUCUGACCUGCAAACGAACGUCAACGACCUAUGAGGCAUUCUACAGUAUCAGUAUCGAAAUACCAAGAACAGGCACCGGCCACAUUUACGACUGCUUGAACUCGUAUUGUCGAGAAGAGAAGCUGUCAGAGCUAUGGAGGUGUCCAUACUGCAAGUGUGAACGAGAAGCUACCAAGCAGAUCAUCCUCACACGCCUACCACAAUUCCUCGUCAUCCACUUCAAACGCUUUGCAGCAUCCAAGCACGAGAAGGCCAAGAAAAUCCAUACUCAAAUUGAGUUCCCCCUUUACGGUCUGACCAUGGACGACUUUGUCAUUCCACGACCCCCACCGAUUCCUAAUCAGGAUGGCAAGUUGGAUUUGGCAACCACAGCCCCUUAUAGCUACGAUGCCUACGGAGUCUUGAGACAUAUAGGAAACAGUGGCGACGGAGGACAUUAUACCAGUCUUGUCAAGGACCAAGGACGAGGCUGUUGGCGCAAGUUUGAUGAUGAACGACAUGUGGAUUUCGAUCCCACCAAGCUGAGCACGAGAGACCGACUACAGAACUCGGAGGCAUAUAUUGUCUUCUACCAACGAUCACAAGCGAGAUAGCGAAAUUAACAAUCCCAACAAGUCUUUGUCAAAUGAAGGAAAUGAUUUGGAAGCGGUCUUGUUGGUGAAGUCCCAGCAGCCGCGGAUGCAUCCCAUCAUGUGGGUUUUGAUUUCUGACCGCAAGCGCAAGCGUGCAAGUAGAAGUUUGCCUUUUUUUUAUGAAGCAUUCACUAGUACAUUAUAUGAGAUGGGGAAUUAAACUAUUUAUAUAUUCUG